CACAGUGUUAUACUGGACCAGCUGUAACAAAAGCCACACUCAGGGAAACACACCAGCAGCCUUACUCCCCAUGUGCAGGUUACCUUGUCCUGCUCCUGACUCUAAUGUAGCGACUCCAUCAGGGUCAGUAACCUUAACGACAUCACAGAUAGCCGAAACCACAGGGCCACCUGCCCCCCGAUGUCCUCAGUGCAGAGAACCUCUGACUACAGCUGAGCAAAGGAAAUUUUGAAAUGCGGCUGACAGGAGGCCCUCAUCCGUGCUCUGGGAGGCUGGAAUUUAAACAUGGAGACUCAUGGUACACAGUGUGUGACCCUGACUUUGACCUGCAGGAGGCAAAGGUCGUGUGUCGGCAGCUGGGCUGUGGGAUCCCUGUGGAGGAGCCCAGGUGGGCUGCAUUUGGGAAGGGGGGCAGGCAGGUGUGGUCAAAGAAGGUUAACUGCAAAGGGGAUGAAUCUGAUUUUGGUCAGUGUUUGAGAUCAUCGACAGAGGAACAGAACUGCAAACAUGAGACUGACGUGGGACUGAAGUGCUUCUGGUACACAGACUCCAGGCUGGUGGGCGGCCCUGACUCCUGCUCUGGGAGGGUGGAGCUGCAGUACCUCAGUGAGUGGGGGACAGCGUGUGAUGCAUCCUGGGAUAUGAGAGCAGCCAGUGUCCUCUGUCGGCAGCUGCAGUGUGGGGGCGCUAUGGCAGUGCCAGGACAGGCCUGGUUUGGAGAGGGGAGGGACCACAUCUGGGCUGAUGUGUUUGAGUGCCAGGGGAAUGAGACACACCUCUCCCAGUGUGCUGUGUCCUCAUGGAGUCGAGCUGCAUGCUCUCAUGGACGGGAUGCAGGAGUCAUCUGUGAGGGGUCUAAAUCUCUCUCAGCCCUCAAUGGGACAGUACGACUGUCUGGAGAGAGUGGCUGUGAGGGUCAGGUGGAGGUUUACUACCAGCUGACCUGGAGCAGAGUUCUCAUGGACUCCUGGAGCUUCAGGGAGGCCUCUGUGGUCUGCAGGCAGCUGGGCUGUGGCUCUGCAGUGAGGCUGUACAACUCCUCCCUGUCUGGGACAGGGGGCAGUAAUGUGUGUCUGACAGGGUAUCAGUGCUCUGGGAGUGAACCGCACCUGUUGAACUGCAGUGAUCCACAGAGACUGAGCUGCAGCUCUGGUCCACAGGUGUCCAUAGAGUGUUCCAAGCACAGGUCCAUCAGGCUGGUGGGUGAUGCUGGGGGCUGUGCAGGGAGACUGGAGGUGCUCCACCAGGGCUCCUGGGGGACAGUGUGUGGAGACUCCUGGGACCUGAAGGAUGCUGAGGUGGUCUGCAGACAGCUCCAGUGUGGGACGGCUCUCCGUGACCCAGUGCCCACCUUCUUUGGACCAGGAACUGGACCCAUCUGGCUGGAUGAGGUGGACUGUGAGGGGAAUGAGACGUCUCUGUGGGACUGUCCUUCAGCACCGAGGGGACAGAAUGACUGUCUCCAUAAAGAGGACGUAGGAGUUGUGUGUUCAGAUUUUAAAGAGAUCAGACUGGCUGAAGGCUGCUCUGGGCAGUUGGAGGUUUUCUAUAAUGGCAGCUGGGGAAAUGUGUGCUUCAAUCAAAUGGACACAAACACCAUCAGACUGAUAUGUCAACAUCUCAACUGUGGAAAGAAUGGGACUGUUUCUAACUUUUGGUCUCGGCUGAAAGGAGCUCCGAACUGGCUUGAUUACCUGAAAUGUCGCCCACAAGACUCCACACUGUGGCAGUGCCCGUCCUCUAACUGGGGAGACAAUAAAUGUGAUGAAGGUGAAGUGGCUCAGAUCACCUGUGAAGGAUGUUCUGCAGCUUCCAAGGACAGACCAUGUUCACGCCACCCCCCCAUGAGAUUGUCGGGGGGCAGUAGCGAGUGCUCAGGGAGGGUGGAGCUGUGGCAUAACAGCUCCUGGGGGACGGUCUGUGACGACUCCUGGGACCUGAGAGAUGCUCUGGUGGUCUGCAGACAGCUGGGCUGUGGGACAGCACUGGAGGCUCAUGGGAAAUCUGCCUUUGGACGAGGAAAUGGCACCAUUUGGCUGAAUGAGGUGAACUGCAGGGGUGAUGAGCUCCACCUGUGGGACUGUCCUCACUCUCUUCAGGAGCAGAGGAGCUGCAGCCACAAGGAGGAUGCUGGUGUUACCUGUGCAGUUGUACCCCCUUCCAUUCCUUUUGUGGUCUUCCUGGUACUGGGAGCUCUUCUCUUCCUGCUGCUGGUGAUAACAGCUGUCCAGUUGUACCAGAACAGAGUGCUGAAGAGAGCUCUGUACCAGGAGGGUCUCACCCCUCUGCACGAGGCCAUUUAUGAGGAGAUAGAGUACAAUCUGACCCGGGGGGAGACCUACAGAGCCCCUCGCAAGGGUGAGUUCAACUUCUCAACCUCCGCAGAAACAGAAAAAUAA